UGUAAAUUCAGCUACAGCGGAAAUUAAUUUUCUUAAACAUAAUGUCAGUAAAAGUAGUUUUUGUGCUUACUUCAGUGUUGGCAGUAGUCUGGGCCCAGGAGUUAUCGACCACACAAAUUCAAGUCAUCAUGAACCACCACAAGGAAUGUAAAGCUGAAACCAACAUAGAUGAUAGCCUUGCUAGCGGAGUCCUGGCCGGCAAUUUCUCUGACGAUCCCGUUUUGAAGCAGUACCUAUUUUGUAUGAAUAAGAGGCUAGGAAUUCUGAACGAUUCAGGCGAAAUCCAGAAGGAUGCGAUGAAAGAGAAGCUCGGCAAAUUAAUCACGGAUGAAGCUAAAAUCGAAGAAUUAACAAACAGCUGUUCGGUUGAAAAGAGUUCUCCUGAAGAUACUGCUUUAGAACUAACUAAAUGCAUUUACCAGGGAACUCAUCCUUAAAUUCGUUUGAGUGUGACCUAGGAGAGCGCAAUGACAAAAGAAAUGUGUUUAAUGGUACUUGUAAAAAUGUAAAAUAUAU